AUGGGCAUUUUGGAAUGCACACUACUAUUUCUAAUAGCAAUUUUACGAUCUGGAGAAGGAUUAGCAUUGGAUCACGACUCCUAUCAGCUACCCCAGGGUACCUCGACGUACAAAAACGGCGCCGCUACCGUCAUUCAACUCGGCGAGAAAGGCACCCAAGACCUUUUCGAUCGAUGGAUCUCGCAAGCGAUGUCUGGUCUCUUUGCCGCUGUCGCACAGAAACACAUCAAUGACGUGAAUCAUUUCGAAAGAGAAAUUCAUCAGAAUUGCUCGAAAAUUGCUAAAGAUGUUCCUGAUCACGCGAAAUGUGUGGCCCGACUCUUGCGAGCCGCUGAAGAAACAAUUAAAAAAGCCACCGCCAUUUCGACGAUGAAGACGAUGACGACGAUGAAGACGACGACGAUGAAGACGACGACGAUGACAACGACGACGAUGAAGACGAUGACGACACCGCAUUCCUAUCAUCGAUCAUCAUUUCACUCUUCCCGUCUUCACAAUUUUCACAAAAUUUCCCUAAAGCCAAAAAAAAAAGAAAAGCUGAAAAGAAAAAUGAUUUCUUUUCAGAAAAUAAGAAAAGUGACAAACCGCAAUUAUAAUAAUCCAAAUUUACGUUGGGAAGGCGCUUUUCGAGUGGCGAGAAUGAAGAGAGAAACGAGAAAGAUAACAAGACAAUCGAGCUACACUUUGCAUCAUGCUUAUGAUGAGCCACCAUUUGCACAGAUUGCUCGCUAUAUGACAAGCGGAGUUCGAGCCUUCCAGGGAAAAACGAAGAAAACCAGUUGGCAACAAAUCUUAGCCGACAUUCACACGACGGCUGACGAGGAUCGAAUGGAAAAAAGAAGAAAGAAAGCUAUGAUGCGUCGUUUACGCUCAUGGAUCGACAAUACACCGACAAAGCUCGAAGACGGAUGGAGGACACAAGCACUCGAAAUGAUGGAUGAUCAACUGAAGAAAAAAGAGGAAAUGCUAAAGAAAGCGAAAGCCACUGAGGAUGUGCGUGUACCGUUGAAAGUUCUCCGAGAGGCGAUCAAAUUGGGAAUGUCGUUGAGUGGACAAAAUAUGACGAAUUUCGAUAAAAAGACUUUACGCGUUGGCUCGCCGCGCUUCUUUUCAUUGGUAAAAGGCGAAACAGAAGACGAUAUGGUAAAUCUCUUUUCCCCGUCACUUUUCUCAAUGCACGAGGACGGAUCAAAAACGGAAAAUCUCUUCUCAUUACCGCACUUGCUGAAAAGGUUGACGAAAAAGGAGCAAGACGCCUGGAUGGAUUUCAUCGUUGAGGCAUCGGGAGUAGGCGACGCUGUGGAGAGUGCUCGUUUCGCGAAGAAAACAGCAAAAGAGGCGGCGCUGAAGACGCCCGACGGUACACCGCUCUACUUCAACAAGAAAAAUUUGACCGAUAUGUAUGGGAAGCAAGAGGGUGAUAAAGUGGAUUUGUUUGAGAAAAUGGCUCACAAAUAUGAUGAUAAACAGAAAUCCGCUCUUGAUAAAGAUGGCUUUGCUUUUAUGACGAAAGAACAAGUGGAGAUAAUGUAUGGAAAGGAAAGCCCGUAUCAUGAUAGAGAGAGAAUCGAUGAGUAUAAGAAUUUCGUUGAGAUGCGAGACGAGGAUAAACAUCAAAAGAUCAGAAACGAAAUUCUUGAGAUCGGUGACAAGGCACUUCGAGUAAGUGCACAGAAUGUCACAGAGUUGGCCCGGAAACACGGAGCGCACCGAAGAAGCAAGCGAAACAUUGUCCUAUCGCCUAUUGUCAACACUCCACUUAUUUUCGCCUCUGCCAUUAUGUCGAAUACAUUCAUCGUUCUCUCCCCAGUCGUCUUCUCUCCAGUCAUUCUCUCGCCAGCCGUUCUCGGGCCGAUUAUUCUCUCGCCUUGGGUGUUCAUCCCAGUCAUUCUCUCGCCUCGUGUCCUUUCACCGCUGAUCGUAAAUCCGCUUAUUUUCUCGCCCGUCAUUCUCAGUCCUCUCGUCCUUCAUCCUUUCAUCCUUUCUCCUGGUAUCUUCAAUCCAUUCAUUUUAUCUCCAUUCGUCCUCUCACCGUUCAUUCUAUCACCACAAGUGUUCACCCCAGUGAUCCUCUCGCCAUUCGCCCUCUCGCCCGUUAUUCUCACUCCAAUGGUCGGGUCACCCCUCGUUCUCUCUCCUUUCGUCCUUUCCCCAAUCAUUCUCUCACCUCAAGCUCUUUUUGCUGUUGUUCUCUCACCGUAUGCUCUAUCUCCAUUAGUUGAAUCAAAGCUGAUCGCCUCGGAAGUGAUUCUCUCGCCAUCAUUCUUGUCA